AUGUGCCAGGUCAAACACUGCCAAUAUAGCUGCGGACAUUUCACCGAGGAAUGCUUUCCGACGAGUGAAGCUUGCCGAUAUAACCCUUGCAAGGUGCAGACAGUCACGAGUAGGAUUCGGGAUUCGAUUUGCUCGCGUUGCAAGGAAGCUGAGAAGAAUCGGGGACGUGGACAUGGCCACCGUCAACAUAAAAAAGAGCCGACAAUCUUCCCACCUGGACAUGAUGCGUUUGGAGGACAGCCGCCGGGCGAAGAGGCAAAGUUCAGAGCUAAUCAACUUGCCGCGUAUAGGGCGAAGCAGGACCUGGAAAACGCCCAGGCGAAGCAGGAAUAUGCCACCAUGGAUCCCAAAAAGCACAAGAAAGCAACGGAGGAGCAUGAGUGGUACAAACAAAGGGAGAAGAACCUCUACAAAGACGAGAGAAGGAAAGCAGAAGAACGGGUUAAGAGGGCUCACGAAUGGCAGGCAGGUGUUGCGAGAAACUUUAAUGGACGCGUAUAG